AUGGUUUUGAAACCACCGAACCGACCCAAAUGCAUACAGAAGCUUCUGCACCUGUCUUUCUAUCUGGCUCGCAAACUCAACAGGCAAGGGACGAAGUCUGACUACCCAUUUCUUGGUUGCCAUGGUAACCGCAGGGAGAUUGCAUACAGCUGCACCGGAAGAGGUAUGGCUAUUGCCAUGACCAUUUCGAAAGCAAGCACAAGAGAGAGGCCCGAGAAGUUCGCGAGCGUUCUGAAACUGCCCAAAGGAUUCAAUUCUGGCUGUCUGGGUUCCGAAAUCACAACACUUCAUUUAAUCAUCCUCAAGACUAAGGCGGAUGAUGAUGUUCGUAAGGGAACCAUACCUGCUUAUCUGCUUGAUCAUGAAACAACAAUGUGGGCAAAGGUUCUAAGCAAUACAAUAAAGCAAAAGCGUAAAGAGAAAGCUGGUAAAUGGGAGGUUCCUCUACCCAAGGGAAGGCCUGUAGGUGAAGAUGAGAUGUUCAGAGUGGUUAAAUCUGGUAAAAGGAAAAGUAAGCAUAAGGAGUUCUCCUUGAUGGAGUUGAGGGCAGAUACUACGGCUUUACCUGGGAUUGCAUGA